AUGGACUUAACGCUAACAAACAGCUUAUCAGAGGAAUCAAAUGAUAAUUCCGUGGCAACUAAAGCAGCGGACGACAACGGCUACGCAAGAAGAACUUACGGAAAACAAGAUGAAAGAAGACAUUCUGAGAGUCUUUUCGAGGUUGGCCGGACGUCGUCGCAGAUAGACGUCUCAUCGCAAUCAGGCGCAAAAACUCAAGUUUCAACAAGCAGAAACAUACUAGAUCUCAACAACUGGAUCAGCAGCUCAGACGAUGAUUCAUUCACUCGUGAUUUGAUCAAAGAUGUGACACCAAAACGUCAAGGGCGUGGGCAGAAAAGCAUGAUGAAGAACGUUUUAAAUUCAUCUCCUGUCAUUGAAAGAUAUUCACAGCCACUAGAAUCGAUUCCUGAGUCGUACUCCCCAGUUCGCCCUAAAGAAACCACGAGGUUCGGGAAUGAACUAAUAAACAAGAACCCCGUUGCUAGAAUUGAAUUUUCGGAUCCAAUUAGCAGUUCACCUAUUCCUUCUUCUUUCCCUAAAUCUGUAUCUCAACCCACAGAACUUUCUUCCGGACCAGGAAGCAAAAGAAGAAAAACUCCUUCUCAUAAUUCAAAGGAUGGCCCAUCCAUAAAGGAAUGGAGAGAAGCGAAUAAGGUUACUAGAAAGAAAGAGGAUAUAUUACAGGAGAUGGUAAUUGAGAUAGCUUUGAAGUUGAAAGAUAAAAUCGAAUCUGAGUAUUUCAAGGAAGUGUUCACACUCCCGACAGUGAGAACCACAUACUUCGAAUUACCAAUGGUGUCUUGGAAGAGGAGGAUCAAAGCGAGAUAUGAUAGGGACAAAGACAUUUUCGUUCCCUGUGAACCCACCGAAGUGUCUGAACGCGUCGUUGUAAUUUUCUAUGAAACUGAGGACCUAAUCAAUGCCAUAAGAGAAGAAACCCUUGAAAGUGACGUGAAAAGAAUUCGACAACGCGUAACUAUGGAAGAUCCUACUCUCAACUACCAUUUACUUGUGAUGGUUGGCGGAUACAGGGAAUAUCUUCGAAAGCUACAAGCUGCUGAGCAUCGCAUGUACAAGGAACAAAUGCUUGAGAAAAUGCUGGAUGUUUCUAAGGGAAAAAAAGCGACGACAAAACCGAAUAUUACAGCACUGGAGGUUCAGCGGCUAGUAAUGGAGACUGAGGUGCACAUGAGAAUUAACAUGUUUUUUCCUAAGAGCAUGGAAGAAACAGUUGAUUGGCUACAUUCUUUUACCUAUACCAUCGGAGCUUCCUUGUACGAUAAGCAUGAACGAAACUCUGAAUUUGCCAACCUUGGGAGCGUAAAGCUGGGGUCUGAUCAGAAGAGCACAUUCAUCGAAAUGAUCAAAAAGUUUAAUCUCAUGACGAAUCAAAAGGCGGAGAAACUUUACGAGUUUUAUACUUCAGUUGGCGCAAUCUAUAAUCGGCUAUCCCAACAUGAAGAUCUUGGGAAGGUGAGCGGGAAAAGUAUAGUUCCGCCUACCGUGAAUGCGGCCAUGAAGAAACUCUUUAGGGCUACAGAUCCUAAUGAAGUUAUUGUUGAUUGA